AUGGAACGACUUGCGGGUCGAUUGAGAGAUGGCAACAGAGAUCUUGAGAACUCAAAUCUGGACAUGUUGGAUCUGUCAACACUGUUGCCAGACUCCUGGGAGCAAACCAGUACUUCGCGCUUUUCUAUCCAAUCUUCUGAUCAAUCCACGUCAGAAAGCCAAUGGAUCAAUUCUACAGAAUCUGACAAUGAAUUGCUUCCCUUGCUGGAUGACUUGGAUACCUGGGAAAUGGACCUCGACCCGACUCUACGAACUCCCAGAGACAUGACAUCACAGAGCAUUGGAGCCAUCAUGACGCCCAUGUCAUUCACCGGCCAUACAGAUUUGCGGCAAUUGAGUGACCCCACCAACCCCAUAUCAUUCGGACUCCCGUCUCCCCCUUCUCGUGCUCGCCAAGACACGCCCGGGGAUCCCUGUGCUUGUGUUCAGACUCAGGCAACCAACAUAUCGACUUUGCAUCAGCUCACGUGUCGUGACAUUCCCAGUCGGUUCGACCUGGCGAUGAAGUCAAUCACCUCAGCCCUAGAGACCUGCGAGAAAUUCAUCACCUGUGAUGUCUGUGAUAAGUCCUUCCCAUCAAUACUGCUUACUCUUUCAGCCAUCGAACUGAUAUUCAAACUAUUCGAGCAAUUGACCAAGAACAACGAGGGUCUAUUACCGUCGGAAGAGCAGCACUUGGUCUCAUGCUCUCUUGGCGAUUACAAAGUCACCAAGCAAGAGAGCCAAGCUAUCCAGAACGUUCUUGUCAAGAUGACGCUCUUAAAGGGAAAGCAAACCCUCAACGCUUUGCAAAAUCUUGUUGGGCCUGUAGGCGUUACUGAGGAGCAGGAUGAAAGUGAGUUCACACGGCGGAACUCAAUUGGACCUUUGUGCUCCACAGAUCAAGAGUACAUGAAUCAAUAUAUCAAACGCCGAAACACGGCUUUGGAAGAGCUCAUAGCCGCGGUUGGCGCAUAA